ACAAUAUAUCUAAUUACAUUGUCAACGACGUAUGAGCAAAGAGCUGCUAAAUCAUAUUUAAACCUAUAGAACACACUCAAACAAACCCGUGCACACUCAUACGUGUGUGUGUGUGUGUGUGUGUGUGUGUGUGUGUGUGUGUGUGUGUGUGUGUGUGUGUGUGUGUGUGUGUGUGUCCAUGUGUCUAGGUAUGUAUGUAUGUAUGGCUAUUUCAUGAUAAAGAUAUUGCGUUUAGAAAUGUCGAAGAUGACACCUUUUCUAUGUUUUUCUCUUUUCAUUGUUGUUGCAGGCGCUGCUAAGAAUAUAACGUGCUUGUCUAAAGAAUUAUGUCCUGAAUCUUGGAUAAGGUUCCCGGAAUCGAAAAAUGACGAGCAUCACUGCAAGAGAACGAAAAUGCAUAUUGAGUGUAUUGAGAAAGUUAAACCGUCGUGUCUUCAUUUCUUCAUUGAUACCUUUAAGACAUUUUGCACUGAUAUAAGUGUGACACAACCUCAACUGUCGAGUUCUGUCUGCAUUUCGACUUCCUUAAGCAUAUUACCAAUAUAUCUCAUUUCGGUAUGGUGGUGCUGGAAUUCAGAAACCAUUGAAAGAGUGUGAAUUUAUGUGAGAAUUUUUUUAUAAACAUACAAUAAAUUUAUAUUCUGUAUCUUUACAUUACAACUAUAUAUUGGUUUCAAAUUUUGGCUCAAGGCCAGCAAUUUAAGGAAACGAGGUAAGUCGAUUACCUCAACCCCAUAGUUGAACUGGUAUUGAUCUUAUUGAUCUCGAAAGGAUGAUGACAGGCAAGGUUGACCUUGGAGGCAUUGAAACUCAGAACGUAAGUUCUGACGAAAUGCCGCUAAGCAUUUUGCCACCUGAAUACACAAACUGUAAUCACAUUGAUUAUUAUGUGUGGGUCGCAGUUGAGCGAGGGACCAAGAAAACUCUUUGUAACACCAAAGAUGAACUGAAGGCAAGGAUUAUGGCAGCAUUCACCAACUUAAUCAGGAAGAUCAUCCAGAAGAGUUACAGGAGAAGUUGUCUGAAGGCUGUGGUUGAAGCCAAUGGUGAUUUUAUUUUAUAACUUUGAAGAUAUAUUUAUGUAAUAUGUGGUAAAUAAAUCUGCUACAAUGAAA